AAAUGUUCAAUAAAAAGAUCAUAGAAAACCUACUUUUUUUAAAAUUACAUUGACUUUACACCAUAAAGAAACAUAAUGGCUGAUGAAGCAGCACCAGCAGAAGCACCAGCGGCGGAAGCACCCGCUGCAGAAGCGCCCGCUGCAGAAGAGCCCGCUGCAGAAGCACCCGCUGCAGAAGCACCAGCGGCAGAAGCACCAGAAGCAGAAGCACCCGCUGCCGAAGCACCUGCUGGAGAAGCUGCACCAGCAGAAGAAGGCGCAGCACCUCCUGCUGAAGAAGGUGCGCCAGCAGAACCAGGUGCAGAGGGAGCAGCACCAGAAGAAGGCGUCCUUGCAGAGACUACUGAAGGAGGUGAAGAACAUUCCUUACAUGAAGAAAUACAAGGGGAAGAAUUCUUUGAAGAAAGCGCAGUGGGCGAAGAAGAUAAGCAGCCGCAGCAAACUCCGAGCGGUAUUCAAGAACGAAAAAGUUCAAAAAUGAGCGUGAGCAGUUUGGGAAAACGGCAAAGUGGAGAGGAUUCGAAAGAAGGAUUUUUAAGAAAGAAAUCGACGAGAUCUAUAAGAAAUGCUGUUGGAAGUAUUGUGUCAUUUCGAAGGGGGAGUAUUGCGGAAUAUUUUGAUCGGCAAAAGGCGCCAAAAUAUGCUAACAGUUACAAACUAGAUUCUGAUAAACCAUUUCAUGCUGAAACAGUAAGAAAAAUUUUGGAGGAGGUUCUUGUAGAAGCUUUGGAAAAUUUAACAUACGAUGCUGAUAAAGUUCCAAAACAAGCAAAAUGGGCUGUUAGUGCUAUAAGAGCUAAAGUUAAAGAGCAAGAAUAUGAUCGAUACAAAUUCAUUUGUUAUGUUUGUAUUGGCGAGAAAAGAUCUCAAGAUAUGUUUUUCGCUUAUAGAUUCUUGUAUGAUACAGAGAGGGAUAGCCACGCUUCUUUCUGGACUGAAAAUAUGUAUGUUUUUGGAAUUGCUCUCUGUUUUGGAACGUAUUACGAAUAAUUUUACAAAUAUUAUUUUUUUAUCUAGCCGAAUUUGGUUAUUUUAUAGAGAAUAAUAAAUUAACUUUUAGAA